UAAGUGAAUGGUUAAAUUGUGCGUAGUUAAAGUAGCAAGGGAAAAAAUAUCUAUUUAACAUACAUACAUACAUUAAUGCAUAUAACAAUAUUUAAAUUUUGUUUAUACAAUAAAUAUUCAUAAUUGAAAUAAAUACAUAUAAAACACUAUAGAAUCGAAAAAAAAUUUAAUAAGAAAUAUUUAAAAUUAAAAUUAAUUUAUGUAUAAAAUCAAACAAUUCAAAUAAAGUAAAACGUAAAUAAUUAUAUUUUAUUGGAAAAAUUUUCUAAACAAAAGAAAAAAAAUUACCUUAAAUCUGCAAAAUAUGCAGACAGAUUGAAGAAAAAAACAACAAGCUAAACGAAAACAAAAAGAUUAAAAACAGUGGCAUGAUAUUAUUUAUUUUUUAAGUAUACCUACAUUUAUACAAAAAAAAAAACAAAGUUUGCAGAAAUAGAACGACCAAAACAAAACAAGAAAUUAACCAAACCAAACAUAAAAACGAAGAACAAGAACGAAAGAUAAUGUAUGUAUUCAUACAUAUUUAUUCCAUUUUAAUUCUGCAAGUCUGAAAAUACGAAAAUUCUGCAAAAUAUUUUUUUAAAGAAAAGAAUUGAAUAUUAGAACGAGAUAGGUAUAUAGUGCAAUUUUUUUUUCAAAUACACACACACGUUUAUAAAUAUUAAUAGAAAACAUCUGUAUACUAUUGUAUAGAUUGCUGCUAGUUUGUAUGUAUAUUUAUAAGUUUUGCAGAAUAUCAUACACCCAUUCACACACAUUAAAAUUAAAUUUAAUUCUUUGAAUAAUAUUGUGUUGUGUUACAUUUUUUCGUUCGCUUUAGUAGAGAGAAGACAAAGUGCGUUUUGGUUUUAGACGUCAUAUUUUUUAAUUGAACAAAAAGUAAAAAAAAUAAUAAAUAGCUAAAAUAUAUUUAAUUUAUAAUUUUAAGAUUUAAUGCAAUUAUUAUUUUAGUUUAAAAAAUUUAAUUUUUAUUUUAAAUUAAAAAAAAAAACUACGUUUAAUUGUAAAGUGAUAUUAAAAAAAUCAAUUCUAAGGUUUUUGGUUUUUUAAAACAAUUUUUAUGUAGGUUAAUUUUAUUUAUUUAACAAAUGUAAAGUAAUCAAAAAAUAAAAACAAAGUGUUUUUGUUAAGUAAAAAUUAUAUUAUUAUUUGAAAUAGUUUUAAAAAUUUGGAUAUUACAAGCAAUCACAAAAAAUUAAUGAAGGGCAGAAAAGUUCAUAUGAAAAGAAACAAAGGAACAACAACAAAACCAUACUAAAAACGGCUGGUAGUCUCAACUCAACAACAAAGUGAAAAAGCUGAUCGAUUUUUAUUUUUCAUUCUGUUUUACUUUUUUUUAUUCUUUUUAUUUUUAUUUUUACUUGUUUUGCUUUGAAUUGUGUUUUUUUCAUUAUUAUUUUCUUGCAAGAGAAGACAACAAACACUUUAAUAAUUGAAAGUAGAAACGGUAGAAAAAAACAGCAAGAAUACUAGGAAUAAAGAGUUCACUUUUAAUUUUGUUUUGUUCUCGAUUUCGAAAAAAUAAAACAAAAAGUAAAAAAUUGUGUUCUGCAAAUAAAAAUAGUUUUUUUACGAAAAUAUUAAUACAAAUAUUUUGUAUAGCUUUUGGAAUUGUUUUUCAACAAAAAACAUAGGGGACACUUAAAGAAAAUUAUGACGCAAUAAUUGUAACUUUUAUGUAAAAAACUUUCGAUACGAACAGCCAAAGCUAAAAAAACAAAAUUGUGAGAAUAAAAAAAAUAUUGAAUUUUAUUUUUGAUUCCUGUUUUGAUUAAAAGAAAAACAAACAACAACAACAAUAACAUAUACAGCGCGAUAAAAUUAUAAAUUUCAUUAUCCAAAAAAAAAAAAAAAUUGUGUGUGCAGAAAAUCAGCAAACAUUUUAUUUGAAUAAAAUUUUUUUUGAAUUUUAAAAAGCAAAUUUAUUUAGAAUUAAAGAGCCUUUCCAUUUUCGUCAGAUCAUCUGACGAAUGGUGAUUUUUUAUCAAGGAUAUGUGUAGUGGUUUCGAAAUUUCUAAAUACAUUGAGCUUCGUUGUCAGAUAUGUCAGCAGAUUCUCCACGACGUGCCGCUCGAGGAGUACCAGCCAUUGUACCGCCUCAAGUUGUAAGUGAUCGCUCGAUAAUUGAUAAUGUAGCUGGUUUCAUAAAUGAUGUUGCAUUAACAAAUCAACCACAAGGAGACCCCAAAGAUACUAUUGCAUGGGCUAGAUUUGAACAGUCUGCUGAUAUUAGUGAUCCAACGUUUGGUGAUGAUUGGGAAAUCGAUGGCAACAUAUCUCCACCUUUAUUAUUAAUACUAGGAUAUGGUUUAGGAGUUCAAGUGUGGGCCAUACCUGCGAAUGGUGAAGCUAUUGAAGUUUUGUCAUGGCGCCAUGGCCAUGUUUCGACAUUACGCAUAUUACCGACUCCAUUUACAUCAGACGAUGAAAUGGCAAAUGAACCAAUAGAUAACUAUGUCGACAAGAGACCAUUAAUGGCAAUUUGUGAUGGAUCAGCUUCUAUUUCUGGUUCAGUUCAAACGUGCUAUUCCGUAAAUUUUGUUUCACUAAAAACUGGAGCACAAGUAAAAACCAUUAAAUUUAAAUAUGCCGUGCUUGAUGUGUUGGCAAAUCGAACAUCUGUUGUAAUUACGUUUCCUGAACGUAUUGCCGUUUUCGAUGCAAGAACUUUAGAAGAUAGACUGUCAGUUACCACAUGUUAUCCCAGUCCUGGAAUCAAUCCCAAUCCUGUUGCCCUUGGACCUAGAUGGAUGGCAUAUGCGGAAAACAAAGUACUUCAUUCAAAACGAAGUGGAGGGGGCUGUGAUGGAGAUGGAGUUUCAAGUUACACAGCGACUGUUUUGAAUGCAGCAAAAAGUUUUGGAAAAGGUUUAAGAGAAUUAGGAGAACAAGUGGCGGCAGGGUUAACCGGAUCUACUCCAACAGGUUUGUCAUCGAAAUCUGGAAGUUUUGAUUCUGGAAGUGGUGACGUUAAGCAGGCUGGAAUAAUAACAAUUUUAGAUAUAAAGAAUCCUAUUAAAGACGUUAGUCCAACAACCGGAGCUCCUAUCUCAAUAAACGGGUCUGACCCAUUCAUUGCACAUUUUAUUGCUCACUCUGAAGCAGUUGUUGCUAUGGAGUUUGACUACUCAGGAAUGCUUCUAAUAACAGCUGAUCGCCGAGGGCAUGAUUUUCAUGUAUUUCGAAUUCAACCCCAUCCAGCUGGUUCUCACUUAGCCGCAGUCCAUCAUCUUUAUAUCUUGCAUAGAGGUGAUACAACUGCAAAAGUUCAAAACAUCACUUUUGCAUUAGAUUCAAGAUGGGUGGCUAUAUCAACCUUACGUGGAACAACACAUGUUUUUCCAAUAACACCGUACGGUGGCCCUUACGGUGUUCGCACACAUUCUAGUUUACAUGUUGUUAACAAAUUAUCUCGAUUUCAUCGUUCAGCUGGUUUGUCAGGCGAUAAUCGUUCAAAUAGUCCGAUAUCACAUUCGGAAAGUAUGACUUUUAAUCAAUUGAGUAUGCCAUAUCAUAAUCCGACAAUGCCGCCAUUCCCCCGGCCUCAUACAAUACUUCCAUUAGCCCAGUUACGUCAGCCAUCAGUCUUAGCAUCGCCACCGGGAAGCGCACAAAACUUAUCAUAUCAAAAGUCUAUAGUUGGUGGGACGACCUCAAACCGACAAAGAUUGUCAUCACUAUCUGAUGACAGUGGGAAACCUUUAAGCGUUUGUGCCGUAUUUUCAAAAGGAAGAUCAUGGCUAUUAGACCCGCCAAAUGUUGCACGUGAAGCUCCUGCUCAUAAAUUACAACGUAAAGCAGUUGAUUCCUUGUUUAUAAUGGCAGGGCAUGGUGCAUUAAUCCAAUAUGAUUUGGAUACAAAACUCGCCUCAAAUGUUGCCAAAGAAAAAAUAUGUGAUGAUACACCAAUCGAAUUAGAAGUAGAAGCAAAAGCUCAGUGGAAUUUAGGACGCAGAGAAAGCUUUUUGGAAAUUCAGCCACCUUUAACAUCAGAUAAUUGGUUGGUUAAAGAUCGUAAUUCUUUUAUUGGUGUAGAUGCCCAAUAUGAGGAUUGUGAUGAUCGUAGCGAAAGAUGGCUUUCCCAAGUUGAAAUAAUAACGCACGCCGGGCCACAUAGGAGGCUGUGGAUGGGUCCCCAAUUUGUUUUUAAAACAUAUAAUACGCCUAGCGGAUCAAGCUUAAGUCAUAUUGAUAGUGAAGCUAUAGAAAUAGGGAUUACACCUAAUACCAAUAAACCAGGACGCUCAAGUCCAAUGAAUAUGCCGUUAGGCAAUUCAGGUCGUUCAGCUGUUCCAGUCUUGAUAGAAUCUGGAUCUUAUAGUAGCAUAGAACAAAGUCCAAAACUGAUGGACCGUUUUAAACAUGAUCAUAUGGAUUCAGACUUUACACUUACUCAGGGUGAAUCUCGACUGAAGGAAGAUUUAGCAGAUGCAAUGAGGGAAUCGCCAUCAGUUCAUAAAGAUACUGGUUAUACACCUAUGUCAACUACCGCUAGUAAUAUCACUAAUGUUUCCACGAGCCGAAAAUUACGGGAAAAUACUGCCAGUGUGCAACCCUCCUACACUAAUGCUUCUACGUCUUUUAGUACUACAUCUUUUGGUGGCAAUAUUACCACACAAAUAAGAAAAAUUUCCAAAAAUACAAAUUUAUCAUCUUCAAUGACUUCAUCUUUGACUAUACCAGAAGAAGAUGAUAUUGAAACUUCAUCUGAAUCUGCAUGUAUUUCAAUUGAAAAAAUUGUUAAUCCACUAGGAACCGUUACAACUAUAACCAGAUCUCCAAGUGAUACUGAUAUUGAAAAAACUACAUAUGAUCCAGCUGAUCAUGUAAUUUUAGAAAAUUGUGAUGAAUCAUUAUUUCGGCCAGUUGUUACAAUAUUCUGUGAUGAAAAGAAUACAACUCCUAGAAGUGGAGAAAAUAGUAAUAGUAGUAAAAGUAAAAAUGUUAAAAAUUUUGAUAAAAACUGUAGUAGUAAUAAAAUGGAAGGAAGUGAUUAUUUUAAGAAACCACCUGAACCAAUCGGUACUAAAUUGGUGGUACCAGUCAUUGAAAAAUCAAUAAAAAUUGAGUCAGCUACUGAUAAUGAAUUUAACAAUACAAAUAGAAACCUAAUAAAAAAUAAUAAAGACAGUAGCGUAAGUACUGUAGAAAAAGGUAAUAUUAAGCAAAAAGUAGAUAAAACUGAAGAAAAUAUGAAUAAAGUAUACAAGCCGGUUAACAGUAAAGACAAUAAAAUUGAGGACACAAUUGUGGGGGCUGUAGGAAAAAUUAAAAGUGAAAAACCGAUGAAUCAAAAGAGUUGUAAAGUUAGUGAUAUUAAAGUUGAAAAAAAUGAAACAGACAAUUCUCAAAGACAUGAAAAAGCUCAAUCUUCGCAUGCAAUUAGUGAAUUAAAUUUGAAAAAAUUACAUAAUCAGAAGAAUUCUAAAAAGGAAAGUGAUGAUUCUGAUGAAAAUAGUAGUAAAACUAUUGUUACUGUAGAAGGAAAUCGAAAGGGUAAUAGUGAAUCUUACAAAGAAACAAAUUCAAAACAAAAUUAUGAUAUUCAGGAAAAAAAUGUGGAUAUUAACAAAAGGACAGUAGAGGUUGAAAUAAAAAUAAAGAACAAAGAAAAGCUUAAUGAUGAAAUGUUUGUGGAAACCAACGAUUCAACAAAAAAUAAUAUGUCCGCAAAAACUGCCGAUGAGGCAAAAAAUUUAGUUUGUAGAAAAUCUAGUAAAGAUGAAGAUUCUGAAAGUUAUGAAAGUUUGGAAAAUAUAGACGAAUACGAAAAAUCUUUAGAAUCAAAACAAAGAAAAUUAAGCGAUAACUUUGACUCGGCUGAAGAUUGUCAUCAUGAAAGUGACUUGUCUUCGGGAAAUACAAGCAAAAAAUGGGAAAUAAACGAGGAAUCAAAAGCUGACAAGCAAACAAAAGCAAAAAAACAAGAAACAAUAAAUCAAAUAAUGAAUUCGAGUAGUUCAAACUCGAUUGAAGUUACAAUCACAUUGCCAAAGAAAGGUAAAAAUAUUAAAAAAAACGAUCAAACUAAAUUAAAAAUAAAGAAGGAGUUUAACGAUGAACUACAGAAAAAUGAAAUCGCUAAAAGUUCUGGUUUAGAGUUUUUCGAUAAAUUUUCACAUACUGACGACAAACAUUUAAAGGAAAAAACUAAAACUGUUAAAGACAAUCUAAAAUUUUCGCCCCCAGAUUUGGAUGUUAUUUUAAGACCAUUAAGUCCAGAAUCUGAAAGUUUAAUGGAAGACGAACUAAAAAAAGAGAAAAGUUUGGAAAAGACAAAUCAAAAUACUUGUACAGAAUCAAAUUACUCUAAUAAAAUUAAUACCGAUAAUUUAAAUGUUGAUCUAUCUGUAACAACUAGCAAAAAAAAGUUGAAGAAAAUGAAAUUACCAUUAAGUAUUAAAUUAAAAGAAGAUAAAAAAGAGUCCUCAUCAACAAAAAAUGAAAAAAAUGCAAACGAUAUACUACCUGCUAUAUAUACAACCACUUCAAAUUUUCUUGAAAAUGAUCUUGAUUUUCCUGCACUUCCAGCAUUUGAUAACUUUAGUAAUGAUUUUAAAGAAACUUUCUUACCUCCUUUAUCACCACUUGGAAUAUUUGAAACAAAAUUUGAUGAGUUCCAAAAUAAUGAUUCUAAAAAAUCUGAUGACCAUUUCAGUUUGAUUAAUUUUGAAAGUCCAGAAAGUCCGAAAAAUACCCCCAAAAAAUUAAGUGCAAUAACAUCAAUCGAACCAAAACCAAGAGGAUUUACUCAGGAUACUCUAAUUUUUGCUCUCUGUGGUAGUCUUCAUUAUGAAGAUGAAAAUGAAGUCGAAAAUAUGAAUAUUUCUACUGAUUCAUCUGAAAUUAUAUCAAAAAAAGAUUCUGAUUCCUCUAAUCUUUUGACUUCGAAAACAAAAGAAGAAUUGGUCGCCAAAUUAACACUUGAAGAAGAGUUAUUGGAAAAAAAUAGUAAUACCCCCACUUUAACGAAACGUAAAAAUAAGAAAAAAGAAAAAAAUUUAUCUAAAGCAAGUUUGCAGGUUUCUACAGUAGCUGCAACUUCAUCUUCAACCUCAUCUUCGGAAGAAACAGAGGAAUCUUCUUCAUCAGCUGCUUGUAAUAAACGUCAGAAAAAUAUUAUUGGUGAUGAGGAGGAGCUUCGACCACUUAUAGAUGUAUCAAUGAGUCAAUCAAUUAGCUGCGGCACCGGUAGCAGUUUAAGCGAAAUUUCUUCGGGUGGAGGUAAACCAUCAACAACAAAAAAUGUGUCGAAAAAAACAAAAACUAUGAGUCAAAUUUUAAAAGGUGAAAUUGAUGACGAAGAAGAUGAUUGCGAUACUGAUGCAGAUAAAAGAAAUAAAUCCACUAAAUGCGCGAAUGUUGAUGUUUCUGAAACUAUAAUCCCCUCGAUUGUAAACAAGGAAUUCGAUUGUGAUGACAACUCUGUGUCAACUACUAUAACACUGUCAAUACCAAAUCCAAAAAGAGGAGCAACAGCAACGAAAAAAUCUAAAACUUCACUGCCUGAUGUUAACAGCCAAAGCGAUUCAUCAACAACAAGCGAUCAAGUAAAAACUUCUGAGGAACAAGUAUGUAGUGAUUCAUCGGAUGAACAACAGUUGAUUUCAUUGAAAAAAAUUAAUUCAAGAAAUAAUAAAAAUUCAUCUUCCACCACCAUCAUUACUUCUGAUAUUCCCAUUAAUGAAGAUUCAAGUGAAUCGGAUACCAAAAUUAGUAACGUUGAAGCGGUUAGUACCGGAAAUGAUAGUGGUAGUGGUGGUGGUGGUAAUGGUAGCAAUAAUAUUAAUAAUUCAAUUAUAAACAAAAGUAAUAACAAUAAUAGUAAUAGUAGUAAUAAUACAAAUCAAAACAAUAAAAAAAAAUUAAAAAAGAAAAAAAGAUAAAAAUUAUUAAUUUGUUUGAUUUGUACUUUUUGUCUAACAACAAUAUGCUAUUUUUAUUAUUUUUAAUUAUGAAAAAUUAAAAAACAAUAUAUUAAACUUGGCAAAAGUUAAAAAAAAUUUAUAUAAAAAUAAAAAUUGGGGUAAUCACAAUUGAUAAAAAGUUAAAGUGAAUUCAAAUAAUUCUUUUCAUGUUUAAUUCACCUUGAAUUAUCGAUAAUAAGCAUUUCAAAAGUUUUUCAUGACGCUUCCAAAUUCUAGUUCCCCUUUAAAUAAGUUUUUUUUAGCAAUUUGAUAAUAUAUAAAUAAAUUUAAGAACUAAGGUUCUUUUUUCAUAAUCUUUUAUAAAGUAACUUAUAUCGAAAGUUCAAGUGAAAGUUCACUGAUUGUCUUUUGUGAAUACUCCAAAAAAAAAAAAAAAAAAAAAAAAAAAAAGAAAAAAAAAGAAAAAAAAGAGGAAAACUAAAAACUGAAAAAAAAAUUUAAAAUUUAUUUAGCUUAAAUUUUUUCUCAAAAUAUUUAAAGAAACUUUAAUGCCCUUUAGGUAAAUACAAAACUAUUCUAAUUUUUGAAGAAUAUUAAUUUUUGUUAAUGUUACGCGAUGUUCUAUUCGAUAUGUGGGGUGUGUUAGGAAUUUGUCUGACAGCCUUCGUAGAUCAAAAUGGGUAGAAUUUCCGACAACUGUUUUUAAUAUAGUUAGUUCUUAUAGCAGUCUAUGGCUUCUCUUAAUACUUCUUGUUAGACAGUUAUUGAAGUUUAGAAAGAAGACUUGGAAAUUUUAUUUUAAAAUAUUAGACAGUUUGUGUUUUAGUUUAGCAAAGAUCCGUUUUUAGCUUUUAUAAAAUUUUUAUUAUUUUAUUAUUUUAUUAUUUUGACUAAGAUUGUCAACAUUAUUUUUUUCUAUUUCAUUUUAAUUCAAUUGAAAAAAUUUUACGCUAAAAAAAAUUCAAUUAUAUUUCUUAAGGGCACGAAUUCUUUAAAUACUUAUGAUUUUUUUUAAGAAGUCCCACAUGUAUGCGUGCAUUAUUGAAUAAUUUGCAAAUCAAAAAUAAAAGAUAUUUUAAAUUGAAUUAGAAAUAAAUUUUUAUAAUAAUGCGAUACUGUAGGUUAACUUUUUCGUCUUAGUCAAUUACCAACUUUAGUGUACUUUGUUUUAAUGAUUUUUUUUUGGCCUUAUUAAUUUUUUAUAGAAAGACGAUAAGUAAACUUAAAGUAAAAACUAAAGAUCUGCACGGUUUUAGUUUGUAUUUUACAAAAACAAAAAAUUAUUAUUUGCUUGUAAAACUUACAAUUAUUGCAGGGUAAUAGGCGUGAAGGAAUUAAAAAAUAUUCCAAUUAAUUAUUUAUUAUCAUGAUUUGCAAAUUGAUCAGUAAGCAAUAAUGAAAUUGAUGGGUUGUUUAUAUAUCAAAACUAAGUAUACUAGAAUUGUAAAAUUACAUUGGGUGAUUUUCGAAAAUUCAGAUAUGCACUGAAAGUUCUAAAUUUAAUCUUGAAAGUCUUUCUACACAUGUGUACUUACAAACUGCAGAAACUGAUUAUUUUACUUUUGUAGAUUUGUAACAUAUUUUAGUGAUUCUUCUGACAUACUUCAGCAAAACUAUCAUUUUCCAAUAUGCUAUUUUUGUAGUUUUCCAGUUUUAGUUUAUCUACCGAAGUUUCAACUGAAUUAUCGAAUAUCCCUUUGUUAAACAUAAUUUCACCUAAAUGCGAUUAGUUUCAUUAAAUAAGCUUAUAUAAAUUAAUUGAACCCACAUGAUUUAUAUAAAUUUAUAAAAUUUAUAAGAUACAAAAACAAAAUGGAUAACAUUGAAAAUCCGUAUAAUUUUGUUUAUUUCGUAUAAUUUUGUGAAAGUUAUUUUUUGCUUCUUUUUUUUUACAAAAACUGCAAAUCAAACAAAUUCUUUAAAAUAAGAAAUAAAUUUUUUAAUAAGUAAAUAUGUAAUACAUAAUGUUAUGUAGUAGCAAAUUACUAAAUAUAGAUUGUUAAUUGGUAUCGUUAAAAUUAAGUUAAAAUUUAAUUAAAAAAAUGAUCCUAAAUACACAAGCAAGGAAUUUAAUUAAAAAAAAAUUCCUAUACCGACUUUUCGAUACAAAACACAAGAUUAUAUAUGCUUUUUUUCGGUUUGUUUAUUUCUAAUUUCAUAAUUAUUGUAUGAGGAAAUUGUACUACUAAUUUCAUAAUUAAUUACGAAGAGUUUUUUAAUUUAUAUUUAUUAUACAAAAAACAUAAAGUUGAUACAAUUACAUAUUUGAAAUAUCUGAGGUUGACACGUGUCAAUUAUUGGCGUCAAAACGACCGGAAUAUUGAAACAUGUGAAAACCUCAAGCACGCUUUGGUUUUUGAGGUUAUUUUUUUUCCAAUGAAAAUUUUUCUUUUGAAUUAUUUAAUUUUAUUUUAAAUAAACAAUUUUUGCCACCACAUUGCACACAAAUCAACAAUACAACAAAACUGCCUUCUUUAAAAUUUGAAAGAAGUAUUUAAAGAACAUUUUCACAAAUUUCUGUAACACUCUCGCCAAAUACAAAAACAUAUUUAGCAGUUGGAUAUGUUCUAAUCACAUCUGAAUUUUUUGAAUUGUACUUAAUUUUUCAAAAUUUUAUAAAUUUUAAUAAUAUUAUCCUCAUUAGCAUAUUCAAUAUGUAUUUUCAUUAUAAAUAUUUUUUUUUUCAAUUGUGAAGGUCCUGAAUGAGAACUAAAUUACGUCUUCUUCUUGUAUUAAAAAAAUACAAUAUAUAAUGAUUUAUAUAACUUGUCAUUAUUCGUUUAUUAUUCUAAAUGCAUAAUAUUUAGAAUAUCUUAUUAUGAAGAUUAUGUAACGCGCAUCGGUAUUUUCUAAGACGCAUUAUAUAACGUAAUGACAAGGAUAUUAUUCAAACAGAUUUUGAUUUUCCGAAUAAAAUCUGUAUUAAAAUUUGAAUUAAUAAAUGAAAAAAAGAGUUGUUAGUUUUUAGAAAAGGUUUGUCGUACACCUCCAAAUUAUAUACUACUUCUAGACAAAAUAAAAUUGCCGUGUUAAAUCAAAAUGCACAUAUACAUUAAAUGUCCAAAAGUAAAACAUAACAUCAGAAAGAUUUUCAUUAAAUUUGUUCAUUAAAGAUUGUGGCAUUGGCAAAUGUGAUAAUAAUUAGAAAUACAUCAAAAAUUCAUGAUACAAUAAUAAUUAGAACUUUUGGAAUUUAUUUGACUACUUAAGAUUAAAGUUUUGUUUAUAAUUGCAAAAUACUUUGUAUUAUAUAUAGUAUGUAUGUAUAUAUAUGUAUAUAUAAUUAAGUACUUCGUAAUUUUACAUUUAAGUUUUAAAUUUGAGAUUUAAUUUUGAAUUUAUUUUAUUUGGUUAUAAUUAUUCAAAUAUCAUAUUAUAUUGCUAAAGGAUCAAAAACUAAAAAAAAAUUGCUUAGUUUUUAGUAUAUUUUUGAUAUAUUUAUAAAAAGUUCUACUAAUGUUUAAUGGUUUCACAAUUUUUGUCUUUUUUUUUGUAUUUUACUCAAUUUUUGUACUCUUUUGCUUUAGAAAAUGAAAUUUUUCUUUAAAAUCCAAGUAAAUUUUGUUAAGAAAAUCUCUUAUUUCUGUAAAAUACAUGCGAUGCAGAACUUGAGUUUAACAAUUUUUAAAUAUAAAUGUCAUUUUUAUUCUUAACUUAACUCUGAAAACCGAAUCAAAAAGAAUAUUGCGAAAGAAACACAAAACUAAUUAAUAUACGAAAGAUUUGUGUCCUAUUACAAUACAUUUUUUAAACUUUUACGAUAAAUAACAAUAUCAUUUAGUGAUUCGCUUCUCAGAAUAAGUAAGCUACGUUAUUUAAGUGUUCUUUUUCUUUUAACCAAUUUGUUAAACAUUUUUUAUUCACGUCUUUAAAAUAAAUAGUUGUUAAUGUUAUAAUUCAUUCUUUACAAAUCAUUCGUUUAUUAUAAAAAUAUUUAAUUGUUUAUUUUAAUUAUAAAAAUAAAUUACCGUAAUUAUAAAUUGCAAAUAUUAUUAAAAAUUCUCAAAAUUACGAUGAAAAAAAAAAUUGGUUCGUUUUGUUUUGGUUUGUAAAUAAAGUCAAAAAA